AUGGUAUCUGAAAUAAUUUCAUAUCGAGCAAAAUUAAAACGUAAUAAACAACGUUCAUAUUCGAUUGAUGAUUUAUUAGCCGAGAUGUCAAAUGGUGAUCCUAAUGGAAGUGGACGUCAACGUAUGCGCAAUUCAAAUUGGUCUAGCUUAGGAAGUCUUAAUAGUUUUGGAGAAUCAACAACAACACCACCAUCAUCCCAAGAACAUACAGGCAGUAGUGGAAGUAAUACCAAUGCUAGUGGACAACAACGUGAAACAUUACAUAGUCGUUUUGAUUUUAAACAGACAUUAGGUAAAGGUACAUAUGGAAAAGUAAAAUUAGCAUUAGAUAAACGUAAGAAUGAACAAGUUGCAAUAAAAACAAUAAAAAAAUCACGUAUUGAAAAUCCACAUGAUUUGGCAAGAAUUCGACGUGAAAUUGAUUUUAUGACAAGUCUUAAUCAUCCAUAUAUUAUUAAAGUAAAAGAAGUUUAUGAAAGUCGUGAAAAAAUUAUUCUUGUUAUGGAAUAUGCAAGUGGUGGAGAAUUAUAUGAUUAUCUUAAUCGUAUGAAACGUAUACCAGAAUCUCAAGCACGAGCUAUUUUUCGACAAAUAGUUUCAGCUGUUCAUUUUCUUCAUAAAAAUCAAAUUGUUCAUAGAGAUCUUAAAUUAGAAAAUAUUUUAAUUGAUCAUAAUGGUGAUAUCAAAUUGGCUGAUUUUGGUUUAAGUAAUAGUUGGUCAUCUCGUCGACUAUUACAUACCUUCUGUGGAUCACCAUUAUACGCAUCACCAGAAAUCGUUUCCGGUAUUCCAUAUUACGGUCCUGAAGUUGAUUGUUGGUCAUUGGGUGUAUUACUCUAUACCCUUGUUUUCGGUUCAAUGCCUUUUCAAGGUGGUGAUUAUAAUCGACUUGUACGGAAUAUAACUUCAGGCGAUUUUAUACAACCACGUGAACAAUCAGGCGCACUCGGUCUUAUACGUAAAUGUUUAACGGUAUCACCAUCAAAACGUUUUACUAUUGAUGAUAUUGCGACACAUUGGUGGGUUAAUCUUGGUUAUAAAUAUCCACCUGUUCAUUAUUAUCUUACACCGUCAAUGAAACAAAAUGGGAUGUUUAUGCCAUCAGAUAUACCAGCAAUAGCAUAUGAUGGAUCAGCAAUAAAAACUACUCGAUCUACUUCAAAAACUGUUAAACCAUCAGCACCUGUUUAUUUUCAAUCAUUACCGGUUCAAAAUGGUCAUAAAACAGAUAUUCAAAUGAAGUCGACACCCAUAACCAAUGGAUAUAAUUUAAUCACACGAACAAAUCGAUUAAAUACUCAAAUUGAUCAAAUUUCAAAAACAAGCCGACGGACAUCUAAAGAACGACAUAAUGGGGAUAUAUCAUCUAAACAUCCUCCACGUGCACUUUCACUUAUACAACAUUGCUUGAAACCCGAUGCUAAUAAUCGUGCUACAACAAAAGAUAUUCUUCGUCAUAAAUGGUUAGCACAUGGACCUAUUCUUUCUAUACCAUACAAUUCAACAACAUCAUCAUCUCUUUCACUUAUUGAUCAAAAAACAUUAAAUAAUUAUGAUACAAAUCAUUUACGAUCACCAGCACAACCAUUAUCACUAUUGUCAUCACCACCACCACCACCAUCAUCAUCAACAAUAAUUGAUAAUUCCAUAUCAACAGCAAAUUCACUUGUUGAACUUGAACUUCAUACAAGUUCAUUUUUUGAUACAACUCGAUUACGUGACAAUACAUCAAUAAAUAAAGAACAACAACGACGUAAUCGUGCGUCAGCAAUACCAAUAUCUACACGGUAUCUUUCAUCAAACAAUACUAAAACAGAUUCAUCUUUAUUAUUAUCUCGUCCAACAUAUCGACGACCAGUAAGUUUAUCUCUUGAUGAUCAACAUUCAACAAAUGAAAGAUUACAAAGAUCAUCUGUUAAUAAUCGAAACUCUCAACAAACAGUUUCAUCAUCAUCAACAACAACAACAUAUGAUAAUACUGAUCGAUAUCAUUCAUUACCAACAACACAACCAUUAUCAUUACCUUUAUCAUCUGAAUCAACAAAAACAAAAACAACAACAACAACAACAAUAAUACCAUCAACAUUUCUUAUUUCAAAUGAUUUUGAUUUAACAUUAAAUGAUGCUAAAUGUCAAAAAAUUUAUAAAUAUACAUCACCAACAAAAACUGAACUUAAUGUUACACCAUAUUUUCCAAAUUCAACAACAACUGUUGCACCAUCCGUAUUUACAACAUCAGCUGUUAAAUUUGCUCCUGUACCUACACGACGUAUAAGUCCAUUGAAAGAUGAAGAAAAUAAUUCAUCUACAACUACAGCACGACUAUUACAUAAUAAUACUUUUAAUCCGUCUUAUAAUCAUAAUGAUAGUAUUAAUAUUGCUUCUACUAUUACGGCUAAUAAUAAUAAUAAUACUAAUAGUGAACAACUAGUAACUACACUUGAAUUACCAGCACCAUAUAACACACAUAAAAAUCGUUUAUUAGAUGAUAAUAAUAAUUUAGUUUCAUUAAAAGUAUAUGAUUAG